AUGAAUGAAGGUGAUAUUGUGAUUGUAUUCUCGCAGUAUGGUGAGGUAGUUGACUGCAGAUUGGCUCGUGACUAAAAGACAGGCAAAUCUAAGGGCUUUGCCUUUCUAGCUUACGAAGACUAGAGAUCAACAGUGCUAGCAGUGGACAAUCUCAAUGGAAUCGAUCUAUGCGGCCGAAUGAUCAGUGUUGACCAUGUUAGAUAGUACAAGAUACCCAGAGAGUAUUUAGAGCCAGAUAAGCCUAAGGAAAAGAAAUAAAAGCAACGCAAUAGAGAUGCAGAUGGAGAUGUGGAUCUGUCUUAGGACAUCUCAGAUCCUGACAAUGAUGACAAUGAAGAGGACAGCGAUGCAAAUAAUCCUGAUUAUGAAGGGCUGGACGAAGAAGAGAUUGCUAAGAAGAAGUGGGAAAAGAAAUUGUAUAAGCCAACAGGACCUGACGGAAAGGGUUGGGGCGACUUCAGACAGAUCAAUGAAAAUGACCUGCAAGUUUUGUAAGAAUUCAACAAGCUUGAGGGAAGGGAAAAGAAAAAUACAGAUAAAAUUGAUCCUCUAUAGGAACUGCAGAAAAUCAACAAGAGAAUAGCAGAUGUGUAAUAGAAACAAAAGGAAGCUGACAUUAUAGUUGAUGAAGAUAAGCGUUGGGAGUAGUAGUUUAGGGAGUAACUGAGGUAAUAAGAGGAAGAAGAUAAGCGCAAAUAAAAAGAAGAGAUGCGAGUGCAAAUUGAAAGUCUUAAGAAACUAAUAGAAAUGAAGGAAAAGAAUAAAAAGGACAAGAAAAGCAAGAAGAUCAAGAAAGAUAAGAAAGAAAAGAAGGACAAAAAAAGUAAAAAAGAUAGAAAAGAGAAGAAGAGUAAAAGGGAUAGACAUAAUAGUAGAAGCCGCAGUAGAUCUUGA